AGGGGACGGCGGGGACAAAAACACUGUUGGUAGUGCAGAAAGGACGAGAAGGCUGCUGGAGCCGUCCAGGAGAUUUUAUUGUUUUACAUUUGAACUAACAAGGCUUUUCGGAAAACAUAUAUCUUUCCAACUUCAGCUACAGUGAUAGCUAAGUUUGGAAAGGAGAAAGGGGAGCUUUGGAGUGCGUUUAUCGAAAAUUCAAUGAACCGAGUAUCGCCUGCAUCGAAAGCCUGUACAAAGGGAAAUAAAUAUUGACUAAAUUAUUUUGAGAAAAAAAUUGCAAUGGAUAACGCGGGACCUAAGAAACGUUAUUGUGAAUCUGUCCAAUCCUUCUUCACAUCGGCAAAGUUCCUUAUUUACCUUGGACAUGCCCUCUCCACAUGGGGAGAUCGUAUGUGGAAUUUCGCUGUAGCUGUAUUUCUGGUGGGGCUGUAUGGCAAUAGCCUCCUGCUCACGGCUGUGUACGGACUGGUGGUGGCAGGGUCAGUCCUGCUGCUCGGAGCCAUAAUCGGUGACUGGGUGGAUAAAAACCCCAGACUCAAAGUGGCCCAGACUUCACUGGUUGUCCAGAACUGUGCCGUCAUACUGUGUGGGAUCCUCUUGAUGGUGGUUUUCCAGUUCAAAGAACAGCUCUCUGAGUUAUAUAAUGGAUGGGUUCUGACAUGCUGCUAUAUCUUGGUCAUCUCCAUAGCCAACAUUGCUAACUUGGCCAGUACUGCCAUGUCCAUUACCAUCCAGAGAGACUGGGUGGUGGUUGUGGCUGGACAGGACAGCAGCAAGCUGGCAGACAUGAAUGCCACAGUACGGAUCAUCGACCAGCUAACAAACAUCCUGGCGCCUAUGUUGGUGGGCCAGAUCAUGGCUUUCUGCUCCAACUUUAUUGGCUGCGGCUUCAUCGCCGGCUGGAACCUGUGCUCUAUGUGCUUGGAGUACUGUCUGCUGUGGAAAGUCUACCAGAAAACUCCAGCACUGGCCAUGAAGGCUGUCAAGAAAGAAGACUACCAGGAACUGAAACGACUGAACUCCCCAAAAGAGCUAGAGAACGGACAGGGCCCAGUGGAGGGCUCCCAGCUCAUGAACGAGACUGCUGUCGUCAAGGCCGACUCUCCCAGGAAGACGGGCUGCUGCUACCAGAUGGCGGAGCCCCUGCGCACCAUCCGCGAUGGCUGGGUGGCCUACUACAACCAGUCCAUCUUCUUCGCUGGCAUGUCCCUGGCUUUCCUCUACAUGACAGUGCUGGGCUUUGACUGCAUUACCACAGGCUAUGCCUACAUGCAGGGCCUCAACGGCUCUGUGCUCAGCCUGCUGAUGGGCGCCUCAGCCGUGUCGGGCAUCUGUGGCACGGUGGCCUUUACCUGGGUUCGCAAAAGCUGUGGCCUGAUCCGCACAGGCUUCAUCUCGGGUGUGGUGCAGCUCUCCUGCCUAAUGCUGUGCGUGGCGUCCGUCUUCGCACCGGGCAGCCCCUUUGACCUCAGUGUCUCGCCUUUCCAGGACAUCUAUAGCCACCUGACUGGGAAGAGCAGCGCCCUCCCGGAGGCCGCCUACCCGACUAGCGUGCUAACCAUCGAUGGUCAGGGUCUGCUGGUUAAUAGUUCGACCGUGCCGCCCGCCGAGGAACUGCCGCCUCUGCAGUCCUACAUGUCAGUCAGCCUGCUGUUUUCUGGGGUCAUUGCUGCUAGAAUUGGUCUAUGGUCCUUUGACUUAACCGUGACCCAGCUCAUCCAAGAGAAUGUGAUCGAGUCGGAGAGGGGACUGAUCAACGGCGUCCAGAACUCCAUGAACUACCUCCUAGACCUUCUGCAUUUCAUCAUGGUGAUUCUGGCGCCCAACCCAGAGGCCUUCGGCCUGCUCGUCAUCCUCUCCGUCUCAUUCGUGGCUAUGGGCCACAUAAUGUACUUCAGGUUUGCCUUUAAGAGCCUCGGGCGGCGCCUCUUCCUCUGCUGGUCUCCAGAGCAGCAGACUCAGGCCCUCCCCGACUCUCCCUCCUUGCUUCCCACCACGGUGUAACCCAUUAAAGAGACUCUUUCCCUGCUUACAGCUCCGCCUGCAGUACACAAAUACCCCCUUCUCCUCCAGCCCCCUAGUCAUCAACCUAAACAUGCUUGUAGCCCCGGCAGGACUAAUGUAUUUACUUUUGCGCCUUACCCUAGCAGGUGCUGUCCUUUGUCAUUGUAGAUAGCAUUUACCGUUCGCUGAGGGAGGGUAGUGCGGCCGCAGACACAGAGAAGGAGUCUCUCUCAGACAAACAACCCAGAUCAUGAGGUCAUAAGUGUCACAAAAAGACCACUUCCCUACUUCCAAUAUUUAAAAUGUAGCAGUCUUGUCAUGCAUUCAGCUUAGAAGCUAAAUUCAAAUGUGGAAAAUUGCAGGUAUUGCCACUUGCAGUUACUAGGGUUACAGCUGGGUACUGCUCAAGUAUGUGCUAAUGCUGUUUGCAUCUCAUUACAGCUCUGCAUCAGCCGUGGGAUUCCCAUUUCCACUUUGAAGCCAUUUGUUUCUAAGUAGUUUAUUUGUGCUAUAAAUAAUUUGUGUUAGCAUUUGUUAUUUCAGCUUUAGUAAUUAAUGCUUUAGAUGAUCAGUUCUUGCUCAUUUCUCUUUAAUACGCGGUUAUAAGGGUUAUGCAAAUGUAUUUAUUCAAGGAGCGCAAAUACUUAUGUUUAUCUAUACAUGGAGUGUACAAAAUAUUAGGAACACCUGCUCUUUCUAUGACGGACUGACCAGGUGAACGUUACGAUCCUUAUUGGUGAUACCUAAAUCCACUUCAAAGACAGGUUAAAGAAGGAUUUUAAGCCAUGAGAUAGAGACAUGGAUUGUGUGUGUGCCAUGGAGGGUGAAUAGGCAAGACAAAAUAUUUAAGUUCCUUUGAACGGGGUAUUGUAGUAGAUGCCAGGUGCACCGGCUUGAGUGUGUCAAGAACUGCCACGCUGCUGGGUUUUUCACGCUCAACAAUUUCCCGUGUGUAUCAAGAAUAGUCCACCACCCAAAGGACAGCCAGCCAACUUGACAACUGUGGGAUGCACUGGAGUCAACAUGGGCCAGCAUCCCUGUGGAACGCUUGACACAUUGUAGAGUCCAUACACCAACUGAUUGAGGCUGUUCUGAGGGCAAAAGGGGGUGCAACUCAAUAUUAGGCAGGUAUUCCUAAUGUUGUGUACACUCAGGUGUAUAUUCUCAAUGUGUCACUAUUGUCUUUCUCACCAAAUGUUGGUGCUAAUGUACUAGCUAUAGCAAACAGCUGGGAAACUGUGCAUUCACAUUAACAAUGCACUCAAUGACCAAAGUGGACCUUCUUAUAUAGCUUAAAGGAAGUGAGGGGAAAACAGGAUUGUUACAUUUUGUUUGAGCAUUCCAAAUCAUUUUUGAUGUGAAGUGACAGUGAAACUUGUAUAAGCUCAUUAACGCUAUUGUAGACACUUGUGUACACUUAAGAUCUCGACCCCCUCCCCGCAAUUCUCUUAACUAUAGUAUAACAAUGUAAACUACUAGUUAUUUGUCAUAAUUGAUUUCUACACAGGUAUUCACACACCUUGUCUUUUUCCACAUUGUGUGUUAUAGCCUGAUUUCAAAUUGAGAUUGUGUUUCUAGCCUACACACAUUACCCCAUAUUGUCAGUGGAAUUGUUUCAUAUUUUCAAAUUAAAAAUGAAAAGCUGAAAUGUAGAGUCAAUAAGAAUUCAACCCCUUUGUUAUGGCAAGCCUAAAUAAGUUCAGGAGUAAAAAUAUGCUUAACAAGUCGCAUGGACUCACUGUGUACAAUGAGUUUAACAUGAUUUUUUAAAUGACUAACUCACCUCUGUACCCCACACAUCCAAAUAAUUUUAAGGUCCCUCAGCCGAGCAUUGAAUAUCAAACAGAUUCAACCACAAAGACCAGCAAGGUUUUCCAAUGCCUCACAAAGGGCGGCAACUAUUGGUAGAUGAGCAAAAAUGUUUUUAAAAAAAGCAGAUGUUGAAUAUCCCUUUGAGCAUGGUGAAGUUAUUAAUUACACUUUUGAUGGUGUAUCAAUACACGCAGUCACUACAAAGAUACAGGCAUCCUUCCUAACUCAGUUGCCGGAGUGGAAGGAAACCGCUCUGGGUUUUCAGCAUGAGGCCAAUGGUGACUUUAAAACCACUAGUUUAAAGGCUGUGAAAGGAUAAAACUGAGGAUGGAUCAACAGCAAUACGAACAAAAUUGACAAAGUGAAAAGGAAGCCUGUACUGAAUAAAACAUAGUUGUGUUGUUUGUGGUAAAUCCAGUACCAAUCCCCAUAUUUUCAAGCAUAGUAGUGGCUGCAUCAUGUUAUGGGUAUGCUUGUAAUAGUUAAGGACUGGAUAGUACAACAACAAAAGAAACAGAAUGAAGCCAAACAGGCAAAAUUAGUGGAAAACCUGGUUUGUCCGCUUUCCAACAUACACUGGGAGAUUAAUUCACCUUUCAGCAGGACAAUAACCGAAAACAAGGCCAAAUCUACAAUGGAAUUGCUUACCAAGAAGAGGGUGAAUGUGAACGAGUUACAGUUGACAUAUCUAAUUGAAAAUCAAAUGGCAAGACCUGAAAAUGGUUGUCUUGCAAUGAUCAACAACCAAUUUGACAAAGCUUGAAGACUUUUGAAAAUAAUAAAAAUGGGCAAAUGUUGCACAAUCCAGACGUGGAAAGCUUACUUACCCAGAAAAGCUCACCGCUGUAAUCGCUGCCAAAAGGUACAGGGGUAUGAAUACUUACAGAAACUAGAUGAAUAAAAAAAUGUUUUCAUUUUGUCAUUGUGGGAUAUUGUGUAGAUGGCGAAGAGAAAAAAAGUAAUACAUUUUGAAUUCAGGCUGUAACAAUGUGGAAUAAGUCAAGGAGUAUGAAUACUUUAAGUGAUUGUACUAUGUCCAUAAUAAUGGCUGAGCUCCUGCCUCCCCACUUUGAGGUUAACUGAAGGACUUUUAGUUUCCUGGCGGGCCCAUGAUACCGAGCCAUCAUUACGCUAAGCUCUGCCACAAAUGCACACACACAGCGCAAUCGUAAACCCAGACACAAGGUGAGCAUGAAAAACUGAUUGCAUCUUCAGGUUGUCUCAGCUGGCCAGGGACUGCCAUUACACCAACCAGGUGGUUGCCAGGCAGAACUGUACGUUCGUAGCUCUUGGAGCUCUCCAACACCACUAAAAUGUUUGCAGAAGCCUUAUUUAUUUUUUAAAUGUGGUUUGACUCACUAAUACUCACAUGUUCACAAUAGACUACGGUUAUUACCGCUGCCCAUGAAAACCAUGGCUGAGAUUUUGUAAUGAAAAUAUUAGGAUUGGUGCAGAGAAUAGCCACAGCACUUUAAGAGAACAGUGAGGCCUUUCUUUACAUCUGCCUACAAGAGUCUUUUAAUACACCGCCCAGAGCUAGAGUCAGACAGGACUGCAGGUUUGUGGAACUGCAGCUGGUGUUCUGUGGAGAAAUGGCAGGAACUGAGCUCUGUGUUGAUGUUUGACAUGGGUUACCCCUCAAAUGUAAAGUAAGCACAUUCUCCAGAAAAUAACAGCGCAUUUGUUCUUAACAUUUAUUCAGGAAUACUUCAUACAAGGCAAUUUUAUAUUUGUCAUAACAAUUGCCGUCAAUUUAUAGACUAUUUGAUACACUGUACUGGAUGUACAUUUUUUGUAGUUGAACAUUGUCAGAUUGUCGUCUUUAAAUGUUGGUCUUGUUUUUAAAUGUUUUUAUAUAAGUGUUAACUUCUCAAUUAGCAAAUAAAUGUUUUCUGAACGAUUUGUGAAAUUUCUCUGCCUCGUGUUUACAAAGCAAUGCUCUCAUGCAUAAUAGUAAUGGGAUUUUGUUGUUGAUUGUUACAGAUCAAUAUUUGUUAUUUUUUUGCCACUGUAUGUAGUGUACACUAGCGCUGGUCCGCUGUACCUGCAUCAAAACCCCGGUAUUUUUCAUCCCAUAGCAUCUUUUUAAAACAGCGAGCCAACAUAUUUUCAGGACUUAUUUCCCUGACAGAUCAAAACUAGUUGUUUUCUCAUGCUCUCGUCUCUCUGCAGCAGACAUAGUGAGCUAAAUGUUUGGAACAUCAAAUCGCAAUACAUAUAGAAUCAUGAGAACCGCAAUACAUAUCGUAUCGGCACAUCGUAAGGUCCCUAGCAAUUCCCAGCCCUAAUGCAUAAACCAAGAAAAUCAUGAGUACACUGUUCCAAUGGACCAUAAUGUACUGUCCAUAAUCUCCCAUCAUUGUUAAAUACAGAAAAAGUAUUGUUAGAAAAUCUGUUUAAAACAAAAUAUUGAAUCAUUGUGAAAUCAUUAAUCACAGCUUGCAACAGAGUAAAUUGAGAUGUUUGAAUGCAAGAAUUACAUUCACUUCAAUGGAGUAUAGGACAGUUAUACAGCUUGUAUUGCAUGAGCUCUGAAAUAAAUAAAAAGUAUUUACAC